UCCUUUUCCGCGCGCGCCGCAGCCAUGGCCCGGGGUCCGAAGAAGCAUCUGAAGCGUGUGGCAGCGCCGAAGCAUUGGAUGCUGGAUAAGUUGACGGGUGUUUUCGCACCUCGUCCAUCCACGGGCCCCCACAAGCUGAGGGAGUGCCUCCCGCUCAUCAUAUUCCUCAGGAACAGGCUCAAGUACGCCCUGACCGGAGAUGAGGUGAAGAAGAUCUGCAUGCAGCGCUUCAUCAAGAUCGACGGGAAGGUCCGCACGGACAUCACCUAUCCUGCUGGAUUUAUGGAUGUCAUCAGUAUCGAGAAGACCGGCGAGCACUUCCGCUUGAUCUAUGACACCAAGGGCCGUUUUGCCGUUCACCGCAUCACAGCCGAAGAAGCUAAGUACAAGUUGUGCAAAGUGAGGAAGAUCUUCGUGGGCACAAAAGGCAUCCCCCACCUGGUGACCCAUGAAGCUCGCACCAUCCGCUACCCAGACCCGCUCAUUAAGGUGAACGACACCGUUCAGAUCGACUUAGAGACGGGGAAGAUCACCGACUUCAUCAAGUUCGAUACAGGUAACUUGUGUAUGGUGACCGGUGGAGCUAAUUUGGGCCGAAUUGGCGUGAUCACCAACAGAGAGAGGCAUCCCGGCUCCUUUGACGUGGUUCAUGUAAAGGACGCCAAUGGCAACAGCUUUGCCACUAGGCUUUCCAACAUUUUUGUUAUUGGAAAGGGUAACAAGGCUUGGAUUUCCCUGCCCCGUGGAAAGGGUAUCCGCCUGACCAUUGCCGAAGAGAGGGACAAGCGAUUGGCGGCCAAAGCAAGCAGUAGUUAAACAAUCGCAAGCCUGGACAAAAGAGGAAAAUUUGUCGGUCAAAUAAAGACAUUAUACUACAAAACAA